CCCUCUCUUUUCUCUGUAAAGUUUACGCUAUUAGGGUUUCUGAUGUUUGAUGAUUGAUUUGCAUUUUGCAUUUUUUUUUUUCUACUUUUCUUGCGCAGAUUGGUUGUCAUAGGGAGAGUGACACUUGUUCCAAGAUUUGAACUUUGUUGAAAUUUUCUCUUUCGUUAGAUGGGUCGAUUAAUGGAUGAUGUUUCAGUGGUGGACCAAUCUUUGCCUGAAGAUCUCCUUCAGCCAUUGCUUAGGGCUUCAAAAUCUUCUAAACUUAAAGAGGGCUUAGAAAUUCUCAUAGAAACUUCUAGAAUUGAUGAUGGCCGUGCACACCUUGCUUCUAUGGAUAUUCUUCCUGCUGUCCUUCAGCUUCUCCAAUCUAAACCUUACUCUUCCGGGAAUCAAUACCUCACCCUCGCUUUGAAACUCCUCAGAAAUCUCUGUGCUGGAGAAGUCAUCAAUCAGAACCUUUUCAUUGCAAUGAAUGGACCUUGUAUCGUUUCAAUUGUUUUGAGGUCUGCAAUGGUUGUUUCUGAGCCAGAUUAUGGGAUAAUUCGAAUGGGAUUGCAGCUUUUGGCCAAUGUUGCUUUGGCUGGAGAAGAACAUCAGCUAUCUAUUUGGCAUUCUAUCUUUCCUGAUGAACUUGUUGCACUUGCAAAACUCCAAAAUCGGAGUACUUUGGAUCCUCUUUGUAUGAUUAUUUAUGCUUGUUGUGAUGGAAACCCUAGUCUGGUUCCAGAGCUUUGGGGAAAUCAGGGGAUGCCUAUUUUGACCGAAAUCGUGAGGACUGCAUCUGUUGUUGGUUUUGGAGAACAUUGGUUGAAGAUGCUUCUCUCAAGAAUCUGUCUGGAGGAAGUUCACUUUCCUCAACUGUUCUCCAGAUUAUAUUGUGUUGCUGAUUAUGAAAAUAGUGAAGAUAUUAGUUCGAUUAGCGAUCAUUUUUCGACAGAGCAAGCUUAUCUUUUGGGCAUUGUAUCGGAGAUCUUGAAUGAAAGACUGGAGGAGAUAACUGUUACUGUUGAUUUUGCAAUGUUUAUUUUUGGAAUAUUUAAGAGAUCUAUUGUGUUCAUGGACUCUACUGUCUCAGGAGGUAAAUCUGGUCUUCCAACAGGAUCUGCGAGGAUUGAUGUUCUUGGCUACUCAUUGACCAUUCUAAGAGACAUAUCUGCCCAGAUCAGUAAGGCUGGACUCGAUGAUGAUUCAGUUGAUGUCACCAAUACUCUUUUGUCAGACGACCUUCUUGAAUUGCUUUUAUCCGCACUGGCAAGCCUUGGGCCUCCUGAACUUAUCAAGAAAGCCAUGAGACAGAAUAAGAAUCAAGAACUAGCUUCUUCAAAUUCCUCUAAACCUUGCCCUUACAGAGGAUUUCGGAGAGACAUUGUUGCAGUUAUUGGCAACUGUGCAUUUCAAAGAAAGAAUGUCCAGGAUGAGAUUAGGAGGAAGAAUGGAAUUCUUCUAAUGCUACAACAAUGUGUCACAGAUGUAGAUAACCCAUUUUUAAGGGAAUGGGCAAUAUGGUCCGUGAGGAACUUACUGGAAGGGAAUGCGGAAAAUCAACAAGCAGUGGCUGAAUUGGAGCUUCAAGGAUCUGUUGAUAUGCCCGAGUUUGCUGGACUUGGUCUAAGAGUGGAGGUAGAUCCAAAAACUCGACGGGCAAAGCUUGUAAAUGUUUAAUAAAGAUGGAAAAGCUUGACAAUGGAUGGUCAUCGCUGAACACAGUCAGAAAUGUCUUUUUUAGUGGCGGUACAGAAGAUUGGGAUUCUCUUUAGCUUAAUGAGCAAGGGAACUCUAGAAGUGGAGGCGUCUGAAACUUUGAUAUUUUAUUUAUUAAACGCUCCAUUUGUUUUGAAUUAGGAUGAGAACUGUUUCAUGAGACCUCAACUAAAGUUUCCAUUCUGGUAUAGUACGAGUAAAAUUGGGUAAAUGGUUUAUCGAA